CUUGUCUAUGUUCACUGGAGUUCAUAAAUUAUGGUCCUUAUCUUAUCUGGGACAGCCAUCCGAUCGAUGUACUGUAUAUGUGGCUGUAUGAUUACUUAAGCGGACUUCUGCGGCCCACCCCCGAAAACCCCCUGGGUUAAGUCCUGUGUACAGCGCACUAUGAUUGGGAAUGGCAUAAAUUAUAAUUAUAACUGGUGCCGAAGCGAGCUCUGUCGAGGGUUUUCAUUCUCCCUCAACCUGUCUAUGACUUGGGGCUGGUAUCUUCAAUUAUAUCUUGACCGGGGACAAUAGCGCCGUUUGUGAAUAAAUUUGAUUCCGGGAUGGCCUCAGAUACCCCUGUUGGGCAAGGGCCCGAGCGGCCGCGAGUUGCCUUUCUGGGGCCAGUUGCCUCUUACUCGCAUCAGGCCACUAAGGCGACCUUCCCGGAAACGGACUGGGAGCUCACCCCGACGGGGACGAUCAAAGAGAUUUUCGACGUCGUCCAGUCAGGCGAAGUCGCAUAUGGCGUCGCUCCCUUUGAGAACUCAUCCCACGGGCCCGUCAUGUUCACGCUCGACUGCCUCGCGGACCGGCGCGGCGCCUACGGCUCCAUCCACGUCUGCGGCGAGAUUUACCUGGACGUGCACCACUUCCUCCUGGGCCGGCGCGGGCAGCCCGCCGGCGCCGGCGCCGGCGCCGACGACGACCCCGCCCUCCUGUCGCCGGGGACGUCGACGCCGACGCCCUCGCAGCCUGACCCUCAGCGGCCGCGAGCCCGGCCGCUGAGCGACCUGCGGCACGUGCGGCGCGUCUACUCGCACCCGCAGGCGUUCGGGCAGACGGGCGCGUUCCUGUCGACGUACCUGCGCGGGGUCGACGCCGUCGACGUGAGCAGCACCAGCAGGGCCGCCGAGCUGGCCGCGCGGGACGAGUCUGGCGCCAGCGCCGCCAUCGCGGGGGAGAUCGCCGCCGAGGCCAACGGCCUGGACGUCCUGGCGAGGUGCAUCGAGGACCACGAGAACAACACCACGCGCUUCUUCGUUGUCCAGAGGGGCGUGGGGCCGGGGCCGUCGUUGCCGGACAAGCUGACGUGCGGCGACGAGACCGCCGGUGGAAGGGGCCCAGAAGCGCCCGAGGCGGGAGGAUCCGAGGUCCAGCAGCCGCCGCGAUACAGGUCCCUGGUCUCGUUCACGGUUCCUACCCGGUCCCCUGGCGCGUUGGCAGACGUGCUGGACUGCUUCAGGAGGUUCCAACUUGACCUGACCAGCAUAAAUAGCCUGCCGAGCCUCAUACAGCCCUUCCAAUAUCUGUUCUUUGUGGAGUUCGAGGGCAGCAAGUUGGCAGACCCGGAUGGCAGGGUGAACGGCGCGUUGGAAGAUGUAGCUAAAGUGGCACAUAGCUGGAGAUGGUUGGGUAGCUGGUCGAACCAGAGGAAGUGAUUUUCGGAUAUGGAAAAUGAAAUUCAUGAAAAGUCUUUGAUACCAUAACAUUAUACCCAGGUUGACGACUAAAUGCUCUAUUCCCCGACACACAGUCUAUAUGGACGAUUCAGCCGGAGGUGACAUACAGCUACUACCAGAAAGCAGGGGAGCAAGUAAUACAGGUAGAAGUAAAGAUCGUGG